AUGUACCAUCUUCGUCGUUUUUCGAUCGCUUCGGUAUGUGUCGGCUCGGUCAUAUUCGUCUUCUGGCUGCUACCGCUGCUGCUCAACCCGACACCUCCGACGGCAGAGCAAAGACGCCGCGACCAUGCAUGGGUGAGCACGAGUCACCACUGGCUCGACCGUCAGGCCUGCCGAUGGUUCAGCCUCUGCGGCGUGCAACACCUUCGACGAGACCUGCCGGAACGACUGAGGAAGGCCCCGGACAACGACAGCGGUGACCUGCGCCUGGAGCUGCGGUCUCUGUCGGCGCCUAUCGACAGCCUUCAGUGGCGGACGCGAGAGUCUCUCGGCGACGAGAGCUGGGAGAUCGCAGGACAGGAUCAGGCAACCGAGGCAGAAGCAGCAGUUGUUCAGGAGACGGCGCCGCAGCCUGAACACGAUGCAGUAUCCGCUGCCGACAGCAGCAGCGACAAGAAGGCGAUCCCCGACUAUGUGCUUGCCUACGCACCCAUGGUCCAUCUUUUCUCGGACGAACACUUCUGGCCUUCGCACAUCGGCGAACACGUCAAGCACAUGGAGGCUUUUACCAACGGCUCGGCACUCACGCAUCCAUUUCCACUGACGCUCGACAAUAUGGCACAACUGAACAACGAAACAGGCAAGGUGUACCUCACCAGCAUGGACGACGUGGAGGAAAGACCGGCGUGGUUGCUGAGCCGUGCCAAUAAGCCGAUCCCGUUUGCGGACGACGAGAACAGCGAUGGCGAUAACCAGGGUGACGGGCAGAGAAAGCCGCGAGAAGACGGCAGCGGUCACGCCACUGACCCCCGGCGGAAGUACCCUGACGACACCACUUGGUUUGACGUCGACAGAGACCACCCGCUGCACCAGCUGUCGGACCCGCGCAAGAUCCUCAGCUUGGACCGACACCCACGAAUGGACGGUCCUGAAGACACGCGCGCGCACCGCUCGCGGAUUGAAAAUCUGCACCAGGCUGCCGGUGGUGUUUCGGGUUUUGCCAACGUUGUCAACGCGGCUGUCGCCGGGGCUGCAACUGCUGUCGACGCCAUUGUCCCUCUCGAGACAGCGGCGGCGACAGACGGUAAGACUCCCACGCAACAGAAGCCGAUUGUAGUGGUGGAACCGCAAUACGGCCACAAGCCCGACGACAGUGGCUAUUCGGCAGCGCCUGCGAUCCUGGUGAUGGUCGACAAGGGCUCCGGCAUCAUGGACGCGUUUUGGUUCUUUUUCUACAGCUACAACCUCGGCCAGACGGUGCUGGGUGUGCGGUACGGCAACCAUAUAGGCGACUGGGAGCACUGCAUGAUUCGUUUCGAGAACGGCGUGCCCCGGGCGCUCUUCCUCAGCGAGCACGAAGGCGGCCAGGCGUACGCGUGGGGUGCGCUUGAAAAGUUCCAGCCGAAGCGGAGCGCAGACGAGGAUGCCAAUCUACCGCCGCUGCCAAAACGGCCGGUCAUCUACUCGGCCGUUGGCAGUCAUGCUAUGUAUGCUGUCCCGGGCAAUCAUCCGUAUGUGCUGCCGUUCCAGAUGCUCAAGGACGUGACGGACAAGGGCCCGCUCUGGGACCCGGCCAAGAACAACCUGGCGUACCAUUACGACUAUGUCAUUGGCGAAAACGAGGCUGGCAGCAACGAGGACAUCGACGAGGGCGACGACGAGAGCGAGAUCAGUGACAACAGCGGCGACGACGAUGGCGACGAUACGACCUCUCCACUGCUUACAAGCCUCACGCCAGCUGCCUCUAACCCUGAUGCGCCCACAUCGUGGUUCCACUUCACGGGUACAUGGGGCGAUGAGCUGUACGAACUGGGCGACAAGCGGCAGUGGCGGUUGUUUGGACAGUACCACUAUAUCACAGGGCCGGUGGGACCCAAGUUCAAGAACCUGCAGCGGAAAAAGGUAUGCCAGACGAAGCGAUGUCGCAUCCUCUUCCAUCUCGAAGACGGCGGGACGUGGUACCAUUGA